UCAUGUUUAACUAGUUUAAGCUCCUGGUGAUCUAAUGUUAAACCGCUUAAUUAAUCCUAUCUAAGUCAUCUAAGUAAUUAAUAUUCCCUAAUUACUUGAUCUUAGCUUCCUCUUCAUUAUGUAAUUGAUUGUAAUUGCUUAGACUAAGGAUCUAAAUAGCUACAGCUAUCCUUGGUGUAUAUAAACCUCUUGCCUCUCUUCGGCAAAUCCUUUACCAAAUAGAAUUGGAAAAUUCGAAAUCCUUUACCAACAAGGAUUGGGAAACCCCAAAGAGACGGAAACCCAACCGCCCCAAAUAGACACCCCCUCGCGUAAGUUUCCACAUCCCACUCCUCUUUCCUGUUUCUUGAGAAUUCUGGUGCCAAAACAAUUUCUCAAGAUGAUGCAAGUCUACGGAAACCAGAGAGGUCCUUAUGGACCAAUCAAGAAUUCUAUGGGUUCUGUCAAGAAUCAAGGUCCAUGUAAACCACGCUAUAUGCCUUUUCCGGCUAAUCACCGGAACCAGGUGCCAUCGGUCGGUCAUUUUCAGCCCCAAUUUCUUCCACCUCGACCAAAUUUCUACCCAUCUCCACAAACCCUGGUGCCACCUUAUUCAUGUGGUGGGUACAAUUUUCAAGGGCAGGGUGGUUCUACUUCAGCAAGUUCUGUCCCUCAUCGUCUACCACCGCAAGGCGUAUCUCCGGUUAACAGUGCUGGUCCAGUAGCCUCUGGUUUGCUUGGGUCUCUAAUGGCACAAGGUGUGAUCUCAUUGAAAAAUCAAAGCAGAGGAGUACUGGAGGGUACUAGUUCACUAAAUUCUCUACCUCUUGUACCACAGCGAGAUGCAUUUCCUGUUCAAAAUGCUGCUGCUGAUGUUCCAGUAGUAGUUCUUGGUUUGAUUGAUUCUCUCCUGGCACAAGGUGUCAUUUCGUUGAAGAGACAAAGCCCGGUACUGAAAGAGGAGAAGGAUGCUGUGGUAGGAUGUGAGUUUUCCGGCCUUGAUCUAAAUCUGCGUCACGAAUCUGUGGUAAUCAGCUUGUAUGAGGGUGGUCUGCCAAGGCAAUGUAAAAGCUGUGGCCUCCGGUUCAAGUGUGAAAAACAGCACAGCAGCCAUAUGGAUUGGCAUGUCAAGAAGAACCGGAUGUCCAAAACCCGCAAGCAGAAGCCCUCUCGUAACCUUUAUGCAACUACAAGCAUGUGGCUUGUUACUGAUGUAGAGGCUGAGACUGAGGCAUUACCUUCUGGUGUAGUUUUGUGCGUUGCUGACACCAGUGGCGUGGCGGAAAAGAAAAGGAAGACUAGUGAUGAAGAAAUGGUUGUUCCUGCGGACGAGGAUCAGAGUAAAUGUGCCUUAUGCACAGACGCUUUUGUUGAGUUUUAUAGUCAUGAGAAAGAUGAGUGGAUGUAUAAAGGUGCUGUUUACUUGAAUGCGCCUCAGGGGCCAGCUCCGGAGAUGGAUCGGUCACAGUUGGGUCCUAUAGUCCAUGCCAAAUGCUGGUCGGAGGGUAGUAGGAAACGUCUGCGGAGGACUUGACUUAGAAUUUCAAGGCUCAAGUGCAAUGGGAACGAAGCUGCACAUGCCCUCUGCCAAAUUUUUUGUUUCGUUUAUGAAUUCAGUUGUGUGUAUCAGGGGAAUGUGUAAAAUAUAUUUGAAAUAGCAAUUGUAAGUUCCUGGAGUUUCCAAAGGAUUGUAGUGUUUGCUUCUGUCUCAUUUUAAUUGAUAUUCAAUAAAAUUGACGUCCGUUUCUCCAAAAAUUUUGUACUCUUUUCUUGUAAUCCU